AUGUCUUUGGUCCAAGAUGCCAUGGAGAAGCCGAGGAUGGGCUCUUUCAAGAAGAGGAGCUCCUCCAAGAACCUGAGGUACUCAAUGACAAAGAGAAGGAGAAGUAGCAAAGUGAUGUCUGUGGAUAUCGAAGAUGUUCAUGACGCCGAGGAGUUGAAAGCCGUCGAUGCCUUCCGCCAGGCGCUUAUCCUCGACGAGCUUCUCCCGGAGAAACACGAUGACUACCACAUGAUGCUUAGAUUUUUGAAGGCUAGAAAAUUCGACCUCGAGAAGACCAAACUCAUGUGGACCGACAUGCUUCGUUGGAGGAAGGAGUUUGGUGCUGACACUGUCGUAGAGGAGUUUGAUUUCAAGGAGAUUGAUGAAGUGUUGAAGUACUACCCUCAAGGGCACCACGGAGUUGACAAGGAAGGACGACCUGUGUACAUUGAGAGGUUAGGUCUAGUAGACUCUACCAAGUUGAUGCAAGUCACCACCAUGGAUAGGUAUGUGAACUACCAUGUCAUGGAGUUUGAGAGGACUUUCAACGUUAAGUUCCCUGCUUGCUCCAUCGCAGCAAAGAAGCACAUUGAUCAAAGCACAACCAUUCUUGAUGUCCAAGGAGUGGGACUCAAAAACUUCAACAAGGCUGCUAGGGACUUGAUCACUCGUCUUCAAAAGGUUGACGGUGACAACUACCCUGAGACCUUGAACAGGAUGUUUAUCAUCAAUGCUGGAUCAGGAUUCAGAAUGUUGUGGAACACGGUUAAGUCUUUCCUUGACCCAAAGACCACAGCAAAGAUCCAUGUUCUUGGCAACAAGUACCAAAGCAAGUUGCUUGAGAUCAUUGAUGAAAGUGAACUUCCUGAGUUUCUUGGAGGUUCCUGCACCUGUGCUGACAGUGGUGGUUGUAUGCGGUCUGACAAAGGACCAUGGAAAAAUCCAGAGGUCAUGAAGAUGGUUCACAAUGGUGAUCACAAAUGCUCAAAGAGAUCUCAAGCUGAGAACUCUGCUGACAACACCAUCUCCGAGGGAAACGAACCUACAACAGAUUCGGCUCCUGAAAAGGAUGAUAAGGCUACUGAAAUGGUCCCAGUUGCUCACCCAGCCUGGAACAUACCAGAAGCUAAAUUUUCCCUCUCAAAAAAAGAAGUUUACGCCAUCCAAGAGGCGUGCAACAACGCUACAACCGAUGGAGGGAGGUCUCCCAUUUUCACCGGCGUGAUGGCUCUUGUGAUGGGUGUUGUGACCAUGAUCAGAGUCACUAAAAACGUCCCCAGGAAGCUAACCGAGUCAACCUUGUACUCGAGCCCGGUUUACUGCGACGAUGCGUCAAUGAACAAGAGCACGAUGCAGUCAGAGAAGAUGACCGUGCCGGCGAUCUCAGGGGAAGAUUUCAUGGCCAUCAUGAAAAGAAUGGCUGAGUUGGAGCAGAAAGUGACCGUCUUGAGCGCGCAGCCAACAACCAUGCCUCCUGAAAAGGAAGAGAUGCUUAACGCUGCCAUUAGCCGGUCCAAUGUAUUGGAGCAAGGGCUUGCUGCAACCAAGAAGGCUUUGGAGGAUUCUCUUGGUCGUCAGGAGGAGCUUGUGGCGUACAUCGAGAAAAAGAAGAAGAAGAAGAAGCUCAUACUGAGGUGCCCAUCAAGAGACCACAGCUUCAUUCAAUUUCUGUUAAUCUCUGCUUUUGCAUUUGGAGUUUACGGUGCUGCAUCUGUGCCCGUCCCUGAUUCUAACUGCUACGCUCUUGACAAUUCAAGUCGUCUUGUCGAUUUUAGCAGCUGGAUCGGUCAUCCAUUUGAAUACGAUGGGAAGGAAUUUGAUUUGGUGGUUAGAUUUUGCAAGGAUGUUGAAACAAGAGGACAGGCGGGAUAUGUUGAUUUUGGACGAUAUGACCCGUUAAGCUACUUUUCGUCUGGUUCUGGAAAAUUCGAUUUUGUUCAAGGGUUUUACCACGGCGACCUGUCGAAUUGUGAGCUGAGUUAUGACAAACUUGGACGUACAGCACAGGUCAAUAUCAUUUGUGGGAACUGUGUUGAUGGACGCUGCAAAGGUGGACUUGGAUGCAUAUGUAGUGUCACCCAAGAUUCAACUUGCAGAGUUACUGUUGAACUGGCUAUUCCGUGUGAGAAACCUGGCCCGCGUGUGUUUAAGGGAUUCACUGUCGGUUUGCAUCCUCGCUCUUGGGAAAUUGUUUAUAAUGGGAUGACACAGUUUGGAUUUGAGAAGCACCAUCGUGAAUUCAGUUUCAAGACCGAGCAGACUCAUCUUACGCUCUAUAUGACUGCAAUUGCGUCUCUUUCAACAUUAGUAGGGAAGCCUAUCAUCAAUGUUUCCCCGGAGAAUGGUCUUGCCGUUAAGAUAGCUGGUUCUUCCUUCACUGGGAAUCAUCCAACAACUCUAUCACCUUCAACUUUAGUACUCGAUUGGAAUUGUGAGAAAUCUCGUCAGGCUCCAUAUGAAGUUAAUGUCACUAUCCCAGUGGAUGGUUAUGAUCCUGUUCAGUUUUUCCUCACAAAACUCUGCGAGUACAACCAAGGUAAUGAAGGAGGAUCAGCGAAAGGAUGGGCUAUAUUCGGAGUUUUUUCCUGCGUAUUCCUCGUUGCAUCUACACUUUUCUGCGUUGGAGGCUUUAUUUACAAGACAAGAGUAGAACGCGUGCGUGGAACUGAUGCAUUACCAGGGAUGUCACUUCUAUCAGGCUUACUAGAAACUGUGAGUGGAAGUGGACAAAGCUACUCAAGAACUGAAGAGAUCAACAAGGCUUUUGCCAAUGAAGUGUCAUGGGACCGCUCUUCCUCGUCUUCUUCUCAAGCACCAACACAGAGACCAAGUGAUAGAACAUAUGGAGCCAUCUAA